AUGUAUGUGGAAACUACCGAAGAGGACACUUCAGAAGAUCAUCCGUGGAAACUGAAUUUUGACGGAGCAUCAAACACUGUUGGCAAUGGAAUUGGGGUAGUCCUGGUAUCCCCAGAUGGAGAUCAUUAUCCAUUCACUUGCAAAUUGGAUUUUGAUUACACAAAUAAUAUAGCAGAGUACGAGGCAUGUAUCAUGGGAAUCCGUGCAGCAAUCGAACGUAAAAUCAAGGUGUUAGAGGUGUAUGGAGAUUCUGCACUGGUGAUCUAUCAGCUCGAAGGUGAAUGGGAAACAAGAGACUCAAAGUUGAUCAACUAUCGUGAGCUAGUUCGAGAUUUAAUUAAGGUGUUUGAUAAUAUCACUUUCUAUUAUCUCCCGCGAAACGAAAACCAGAUGGCAGAUGCCUUGGCUACGUUAGUUUCUAUGGUCAGAAUAAAUGGACGAUGGGAUAUGAGGCAGAUCCAGAUGAGUAUUUGCGAGGCUCCAGCUCAUUGCUGCAAUAUAGAUGACAAAGAAGAAAGAGAUGAUUAUCCUUGUUAUUAUGAUAUUUUACGAUAUGUGAAAAGCCGUGAAUAUCCUGAUCAGGCAACUGAAAAUGAUAAGAGGAUGUUGAGAAGGCUAGCCAGUGACUAUGUCUUAGAUGGAGAAAUCCUGUAUAAAAAGAGGAAAUAUCAGGUGCUGUUAAGAUGUGUUGAUGCUGUUGAAGCUAAGAAAAUCUUAAAAGAAAUCCAUGAAGGUGUCUGCGAGACACAUGUCAAUGGGUUCACAAUGGCAGGCAAAUUAUGA